CGGAGAAGCUGCGCACAUCAGCACUCGUGCGGCCGCAACGGGCCGGGUGGUCAGCUUGCCAGGGCCGGCUCUCCCCGCCUGCGCCGACCGGCUCCCCCCGCCCCCUCCCCCUCCCGCUCCACUGGUCACUGCGCAGGCGCGGCCCUCGAGCGUGGGGCGUCUGGAAGCUGCCGGUCUGCGGGCGCUCGGGAGAGCGGGUGUUUGCGGCCUGCGUUUGGCCAGCUCUGUCGGCUCACUACCCGAAGCAGCGAGGCGCAGCGAGUCGAGCCUCCUCGCUCCCUGGGCUCUGUGGCCAUGGAGAAUCAGGUGCUGACGCCUCACGUGUACUGGGCUCAGCGACAUCGCGAGCUGUAUCUGCGCGUGGAGCUGAGUGACGUGCAGAACCCUGCCAUCAGCAUCACUGAAAAUGUGCUGCAUUUCAAAGCUCAGGGACAUGGUGCCAAAGGAGACAAUGUCUAUGAAUUUCACCUGGAGUUCUUAGAUCUUGUGAAGCCAGAGCCGGUUUACAAACUGACCCAGAGGCAGGUAAACAUUACUGUACAGAAGAAGGUGAGUCAGUGGUGGGAAAGACUCACCAAGCAGGAGAAGCGCCCACUGUUUUUGGCUCCUGACUUUGAUCGCUGGCUGGAUGAAUCUGAUGCAGAAAUGGAACUCAGAGCCAAGGAAGAAGAACGUCUAAAUAAACUCAGACUAGAAAGCCAAGGCUCCCCUGAAACUCUUACAAGCUUGAAGAAAGGAUACUUGUUCAUGUAUAAUCUCGUGCAGUUCUUGGGAUUCUCAUGGAUCUUUGUCAAUCUGACUGUGCGGUUCUUCAUCUUGGGAAAAGAGUCCUUUUAUGACACAUUCCACUCCGUGGCUGACAUGAUGUAUUUCUGCCAGAUGCUGGCAGUUGUGGAAACUAUCAAUGCAGCAAUUGGAGUCACUAGUUCACCAGUGAUGCCUUCUCUUAUCCAGCUUCUUGGAAGAAAUUUCAUUUUGUUUAUCAUCUUUGGCACAAUGGAAGAAAUGCAAAACAAAGCUGUGGUUUUCUUUGUGUUUUAUUUGUGGAGCUCAAUUGAAAUUUUCAGAUACCCAUUCUAUAUGCUUUCCUGCAUUGACAUGGAUUGGAAGGUGCUCACAUGGCUUCGUUACACUGUGUGGAUUCCUGUAUACCCUCUGGGAUGUUUGGCAGAAGCUGUUUCAGUGAUCCAGUCCAUUCCAAUAUUCAAUGAAACAGGAAGAUUCAGUUUUACAUUGCCAUAUCCUGUGAAAAUCAAAGUUAGAUUUUCCUUUUUUCUUCAGAUUUAUCUUAUAAUGUUAUUUUUAGGAUUAUAUAUAAAUUUUCGUCACCUUUAUAAACAGCGCAGGCGGCGCUAUGGACAAAAAAAGAAAAAGAUCCACUAAAAAGAGAGCUUUAGAUGGUUUCUUGCCAGUUUGAGCCUAAUCUAUGAUUCUUACAGUUUUACCUUCUUGUACUGAUGUAAAAGUUUUUUUUUUAAAGUUAAACAAAUUCUCAGUGAGGCUAUCUUUCUUUCCCCAAUAACAUUCCUGAAUUUACCGUUAUCUUAGUGUAAUACUUGCAUGACGUGGAUUCCUGAUAUCUGACAACAGGUUCAUUCUUGUGUAUUCAGUAAUGACAGUAAAAGGCUUAGCCCUGCCCUACUUUAUAUCGUCAGGUUCAUAUAUGCCAGAGAUACUGUUUCAGUGCUCUAUACCUACAAGGUACCCAAGGGGUUACUUGUGUAGUGGGUGGCAUUGACUUUUUGAAAGUCAAGUAGAUUGAUAAAACAUUUCUGAGUCAGAUUGAGCUGGAGCACAUUUUACACCUGACCUUUUUUUUGGCCUAGCAUCAUCUGUUACUAUAGUGCUUACCUGUAUGGGCAUUAAAGGGGCAAAGAGUGAUUUGAGAGAAACAGGGACCUUGGAACACCCAUGAUUUAUUUAUUUUUUUCUAGCUAAAUUGGAACUGUUUUCAGCAAUUUACGGGGACAUUGUAAGCAUUACAACUCACAUGGCUACAGGGAUCAGAAGGGAACACAAAUAUGUGGGCCAACUGUAGUAAUACAGUGGCGGGCAGUGUAGCCUUUGGCAGACUAAAACAUUAAUAGGCCAAACAUGCCUAUACAACUUUUAAGCUGUGCAAACGUCAGUCAGUCUUUGUUCCCCUGUACUGGCUAAGUCUAUUUACUGGCUUACUUCUCUGAGUGAGCAGUGAGGCUAUACAUUUUUGAACCUCACGAAUACCUUUUUUUUCUGUUGUUAAGAUUGCCUUUUUUACCUGUCUGCAGUAGGACACUGAAAACAAAGGGUGGGAACUUUGGCUGGGGAAUGACCGGCAGAUCCUUUACUAAGGAUUCCUGGCAGGAAACCCACUAAAAAGGAAACUGAAAAAAGUCUAGAAUGGUUGGCCAUUGUAAAAAUCAUCAGUUUCCUCUAACACAUUCCACAUAAACCAAGUAAAAUAAGUGUUAGAAGUAACACUUGUAUAAAACAGUAAGCACCAUAGUGCUUUCUGUUCUGCCUUCUGCCACUCCCAUUAUUCCUGGGGGAAGGGAGACUAGAUUAGUUAAUGCUUUCACUGAGCCCAAGGUGGAAACUUGAGUUGACCUAAAGCAUCUGAUUACCAUAAGCAAGCUGAUUUUUAAAAAACUCAUUGCACCGAAGGGUAUUUUGCAUGUCUGUAACAUCUGUCAACACUUGUUUGUAUUGACUUCUGAUGUUCCUUCAACUGUGUAACUGGGCAGAUCAGCUUUGCAGUAGAUUAUGCUGCAUCCUUGUGGCAAAAUCCUGUAUUCUUAGUGAUUGUUAGGAACCCCUUUAUUGCUGUCUGAGAAAGUGAAAGAUUGUGUAUUUCUAUUAAAAACAUUUACAAUCAAAAUCCUAGUAAUUUGUGCCUAACAGUUUUCAAACUGUUCAAGUCUUUUGUUCAGGUAGUAGUUUAAUAGUUGUUCUGGUUGAAGUCUGAGGGGGUUCUUCCCAAGGAGGCCACGAGCAACUGGAAAAGUGUUGCUGAUAUAAAUGAAACCUCCAGAAGUUGCAUGACUUGCCCAAGUGCAUGAGACUGCCUGGUGAAUUAGAACCCUGACCCUGAAAUAGUGGAUUGUUAGGACCCGCUGGCCUGAGCCUGGCUUAGGCAGCAAGGCCUAGUUAGCGUCAAGACACAAGGAAGUCAGCAUGGAUCAUGAGGAAAUGUUGUGUUUAUGAAUUUAUGCCCCUUAGGAAGCUUCUGAAUUAUAUUCAAGUGAUAAGACAGACCAAAAAGCAAAGGACCAUUAGUUUCUCAGUGAAACUAUUUUAUAGAAAACACAAUAUUUUAUUUUCAUUUAAAAAAAAAGUUGAAGAAACAGGAAUCAUUUUACACUUGUGGUGGCUGUUUAAAAGUUUGUUAUCUCAAGAUAUACCAAAAGCACCUAAGGGUUGCCACCAUGUUUUACCAAGUUCUAAGGAAAGUUCAGGAACAUAGUGGUGUUGGGUUUGUACUCAGCAAACCCCAGGUAGUCUGGGUUACACAUCCUAAAGACAGAGCUUGAAAAUAUCCUUAACAUAACCUGGAGACAUAAGCCUGGAGAGAAGAUUCUUUUGGAAGCCAGGCAACUGCACCUUUGCCAGUCAGGUUUCCUGAGGAAAGAGGAGUAGCUCCAUCAGUCCUUCAAGCUUCUCAAGAGAUGUGCCCUUCAGGGAGCAACAGCUGUCUUUUUUAAAGAGACCAAGAAGCACCAGCUAACCAUCCUCAGACACUUCUCAGACUAUUGUAGUCAUACAAACCAGUAAGUGGUGUUCUGAGGCAACCUCGGGAAGGUUUAUGGGUGGUUGUUCCAGAGGUGAAC